ACGCGCCCCGGCCGUGCCCCGGAAGGCGGCGUGUGCGCAGCCGCGGCGGCUUGCACGUGGCGCCGGCGGAGCCAUGGCGAAGGGGCCGGAGCAUCUGGAGCGCGCCCAGGUGAAGAAGGCGGUGGAGGCCCUCCUGGCUUUCGCCAGAAGCAAGGCCAAGGGAGACGCGCUGCUUCUCAACGAGAACGAGAACGUCCACCUCCUGGUGACGGUCUGGAAGGUCCCGCGGGUGGCGCAGGUCAUCAAAAUACCACUGCCCCAUGGCAUUCGACCAGAAACAGCCGAGGUUUGCCUGUUCACAAAGGAUGAACCAAAUUUAUCAGCAGAACAGACUGAAAAUCUGUACAGGAAACUUUUAAUCCAGAAUGGGAUCAGAAGUGUUAGCCAGAUCAUCUCAUACAAAACUCUCAAAAAAGAGUAUAAACUAUUUGAAGCUAAGCGUCGCCUCCUGAACAGAUUUGAUCUCUUUCUGUCUGAUGACCGAAUUAGAAGGCUCUUGCCCUCGCAUCUAGGAAAACACUUUUAUGAAAGGAAAAAGGCACCUUUAUCUGUAAACCUGAAAGCCAGAAAUCUUGCUAAGGAACUACAAAAACAUAUCCAGGGGACUACACUCCCAGUUACCAACAAAGGGUGCUGUUAUACAGCACGUAUAGGUCACACUGGAAUGAAAGCUGAUGAGAUACUAGAUAAUAUCAUCGCAGCAGCUGAGGUGAUUGCUAAGAAGUUACCAAAGAAUUGGAAAAAUGUAAAAAUUCUUCACCUCAAAACGCUUAGAUCAGUUGCACUUCCGAUUUUUACUGCAAAUAUCUCCAACUUGGAUGAGCUUGACAGCCAGCCAUCUCUCAAAAAAAAGGAAGUAAAGAAGGGAAAGAACAAGAAACCGAAGGCAGCAGCUAAAAAACUGAAUUCAAGUCAAGUCACUUUGACAACUGAAAUUAAUGCUAAUGCUGCUGCUGCUGCUACCAAGGAGCUUGUGAUAAAAGAAAAAGUAGAAGUAGUCCAAGAACCAGGUGAUCAGGAUGAUGAAGAAAUUCCACAACUGGUGCCUAUGCAAACAACCAGCUUAGCUGAGCUGAAGAAAAGGCAACCAAGUCCAGAAAAAUGUGACAACCUGGGCAAGAAAACCAAAACACCCCUUGGUAAGAGAAAGAAACAACCUCUAGCUCUGGAGACUCCAAAAAAACAUAAAGUUACAGAAGAGCGUGCAGACUUGCAGACUUCAUCAAAACAGAAAAAACCCAAGCAGCUCAGCAUGCCAAAGGAAGCAAUAAAAGAAAAAGAAAUGAAAAGGACUCCCAAAAAGCCUGAAGCAAAGUCUUUUGCAACACCCAAAGCUGGCACAUCAAUACAGUCAGCCAAGAAGUCUUCAAAAACAGCAAAGCAAGCACCCAAGAAAGUGCGCCAGCCACAAUCAGCAUGAAUGUUGUCUGUUGUGACAUGUUUUAUGUAGUCAUUCAGUGGUGUCUUUUUAGUAAACAAAUAUAUUGAUGAAGUAAAAUACCUUCUUAAGAAAAUCUGAUCCCAGGAGCUUUUUUUAUGGAGACCCGUAAUGAUUCAUUUGUGUUUCCUUCUAACUGACAAGCCGGAACAAAUAAACUCACAAUCUUAAUUGGC